CCUUUGAUUACGUUUCAGCACCUCCUCCGUCGUGUCCGCCAUAACAUCGACUCUGUCGACAGGGCUGCGUUACUGCAGCGGUAGACGCCGAAUUGCAGCGAACCAGGCAAGCGGACCACUCACUCGCGGCCGCUCACGCCCCUAUAUAGCAGCAUGUCCAAGGCGCCCAAGACCAAGAAGGCCACGCUCCACUACCAGCCCUACCAGGCCCUCGGUGUACGCGCCUCGUCUCUCUCAAAAGCCACAGAAACUCGUCCCUGACCUUCUUGUUGUUAAACAGACUGGCGAAGGCGAUGAGCCGUCCAUGGAUCUCGGCAUGACUGACCUUCCUCUCCAUCUAGACCCCGUGCUCUCAGGUCUAUCGUCCAACAUGAGCCGCAAUUUAUGGGACGACUGGAAUGAGAACGACGCCAACUUUGGCAUGAAGUUCGACGUGUUCACAGACGAAAUGAGUACAGCCAGCACAGCCAGCUCCACGGCCAGUCCGAACCCAAGUAUGCACGUGUCCAAUCUCAACGCCACUACAGGCUACGAGCAGCAGCAGAACGCCUCGCCCAAUACGAUGCACCACACACACAUACACCCAGGUACCCCCAUUCAAGAAGACCCUCAGAAACCGCGGGCGAACGUUCAGCGUUCUCUCAGUGAGGAUAUCGUCAACAUGUUGGAUGACAGCAAUGACGGGACGUUCUCCAAGCAGUUGGACGGAGACCAGAGAGGAAACGCAGCGAUGCAGAACAUGAUGUUUAACCCUGCAGCAGGCCAGAACUUGAUGGGCUUCCAGCAUCAGAUGCACCCGAAUCACAUGCAACAAUUCCAACAGCAACAGAUGCAGAUGCAACAGCAACAAUACCAGCAACAACAGUAUCAACAGCAGCAAUUCCAGCGAGCAGCACCCAACUGGAUGAACAGCUUCGGUAGUGGAAACCAGACUCCUGCAACCACGAACGCGCCGGCUUCUGAUAAACCCAGCAACCCGUCAGCUCACCGUCGUCUGCCCAAUCCUUCCAAUCCUACAGCUCUGGAAAUUGCUGUAGCUGAUGGUGCUGCGUCGCUCAUGGCGAAGUGCCCAGACCGUCGACCUCCAGCGUCGUCAACGUCGUCGUCCACUACGCCUACAGCUCCGCCGAACAAUGUGAAGGAAAAACCCGUUGCUCCAUCCAGCGCUAAUGGAGACGGCGCUAACAAGACCAACAGCGCGGAGACAGCCCCCACCAACAAUACUGAUACAAAUAUGAACGAUCCGUCGCAGCAAACGAGCGGAUUCGGUCCGCAGGGGAUGAUGAUGAAUCCUUUCUUGAUGUACUCGAUGAUGGGUCCUCAAGCGAUGAACAUGAUGAAUAUGCAGAUGCAGAUGCCCAUGAUGAACGGAGGGAAUGGGAUGAACGCGAAUGCAGUGAACGGUACCAAUGGGAUGAAUGGGAUGAAUGGAAUGCCGUUGCCGAUGCAAAUGCAGUUGCAGCUUCAGCUCCAGAUGCAGAUGGCUCAGAUGGCUCAGAUGAAUGGAAUGGGGAUGCAGAUGCCCAUGGGUCUCCCUGGAAUGUCCAUGGGGAUGAACAUGCAGAUGCCUGUGAACAUGAAUAUGCAGCAACAGGUUAACCCUCAGAGCGGACAGACAAGCGACGUGGAGAUGGCUCCAACCUUCCCCAUGGGGAUGCCUCCUACUGGAAUCAAACCGACUAGACCGUUGCAGCCCAAGGGUGUAGUUGGAGGACCAGGCUUCGUGAAUAUCGCGAGGAAACCGGAAGAGCCGGAAGUGAGUAGUAUUCUCAAGUCGCUCAUGAACGAAGAGGCCAAGAAGAAGGAGAAAAAGCUCGAACGCAAUCGUGACUCAGCGCGAGAAAGUCGCAGGAAGCAGCAGACGUACGUGGAGACGCUGGAGAAUGGCAUUAAGCGUCUGCAAAUCAAUCGCGACCUCGUUCGCUCGUACCGAUGGGGUCUCAGCGGUCCAGGUUUUGGUCCUCUACCGUGCCCGAACUCUCCGCAGAUGUUUGACUGGAAGAAUCGCGUUGAGGUGGUCACAGGCCGCACCGAGGCCUUCGCGAGUAUCCAGAACCCCGCGAACUUCCAGUCGCUCAUGCGUCUCAACCGACAGCGUCGAACGCUUGCCAUGCAGCACGAAGAGCGACAGCGAGCAGUGUGGAAGUGCUUUGUGUUCGUGGGACGUCAGCUCGCUGCCAUGCGUACGCGCGUGUUACAGGUACAAAUGUUGCAAACCUUUUCGGACAAUCCCUUGGCGAUGGAGUUAGACGCGCUGCUGAAUCUCACAGCCGACCAGAAGCUGCAGCUACAGUGCCAUGCCCAACAAAUGUUCAAUGAAGAAGUCGUGGAGCUGACCAAGCUGUUCAAGAUCUUCUUUGCACUGCGCAAUGAAGCAAUUCGACUCAACAUGUUGUCGCCCACACUGGAGCGAUAUUUCCGUGAGGCCUGCUCGUUCGACCAGCUGCAGAAGCUCUUGCAGUGGACCGAGACCCAUCGCACCGUCAUCGAGACGGAUCUCUCCCUAGAUGAUGUUUAGCAGCGAGUUUUAGUUGUCAUAUGCAGCGAAUAUUGGACGACUUUUUUUUUGUCAAGAAUCGAACGCAUGUACGAUAAUUUGUGCACGGGUUGCAAGCACUCACCCUAGAUCAAUGUUCCUGGAUCAAUUCGUCUGCUGUGGGUCGGAUCUCUGGCUGGAAAGCCUGACA